GCUGUCGCGUAACCCGAGCCCGCGGCUCCGGGGCCGUGCUGGCGGGCGGGGAGGGCUCUGCUCUUAACCCGAGCGAGGCGUACAAUUCCCGACACGGCGGACUGGGGCGGAGCGAACCUGGCCCCAUUCGGGGCUUGUUCAUUGCCGGGAGUUGGGGGACUCUGUGGCUGCUGUUCCGUCAGAGAAGGUGGAAGUUCUAGUGAAACCCUAAUCUCUGUAAUACGAGGGUCUUUUAAAAUCCCUGCAGUUGUGCACGGCAAGCAGAAUUGGAUUUGGUGUAGAGUAGAUCAGAGUUGAGAGUUAAUUUAGAACAAACCAGAAUAGUCUCAGAAACAUUAAUACAGGUGAGCCUGGUUUUCCAGGGAAAACAAAGUGAUGUAGGAUUAGCUGCACUGCAGUUGUUACACGUUACUGAAUCCUCAACAUCUGGAUCAGGAUGCGCCUGUGCUUCAUUGCCUAUCCAGAGACAGCUCCAAAGAGUUUCAUUUGUCCCAAGUAAUGAGCCGGGAAAAUAUAAUGAAAAUCUACUCUUCGCAGCUAUUGUAAAUCUACUACAAAAGAUGUUGCUGAUAUAUAGAGAACAUAGUCACUUCAUUGCUUAAACAUCAGAGCCAAGAAGUUAACAAUUUGAUGAAGAGUGACUACUGUUUUUUAAAAAAUUAAAAAUGGGUGGAUUAAAGUGCACAAUACUGAUGAAUUAUUACCUUGGUUGUAAAUAGUAUUGUAAUAGCCGAAGGUUCAAGAGCCCUCUUCCCUCUUGUGAAAGUUCUGGCUGUAUGUAUAUCCUGAGUCUCAAAGUACAAGCUGGAGUAUUUUUAUAAUGAUGGUGAUAUUUCAAAGUUGUCAAAUAUUCAGAAAACGUGGCUGUUUAGCAUUACUUAAUGGGGAUAUUGUGAAAUGUGUGCACAAAGUAAAAGUUUUUGAUCAUUACUUGUAAGAUCUUGCUUAUUUGAAGUGUAUGUAUCAUCAACAUGCCCCUUCGUUUCRUUUAUAUGGUACAAUACUUCUAUUGAUACUGGAAUCAAAGACACACAGGCGCCUUUUGAUUUUGGCUUAUCUCCAGUUUGCCUCCUAGUAACUUUUUUUUUUUGUUUUUGCAUUCAGAAAUAACUACGUACCUGAAACUACUUUUGUAGUAAUUUGUAGAGUCAAGAUUUAGAGAUUAUUUCUGUUAAGGUUCCUUAUUGUUAGGUGAAACUUAUUAUGCGUUGAUAGUUGUUUCAUUUUGCUCUUUCAAUCACUUCCACACAGGCAAGCACUUGUGAGGAAGAUAGUUAAGAGAAUAAAGGAUAAAGGUGGCCUUUGGACUUCAGUUUCAUAUCUGCUUUCUUUAGCUAUUUGCUCAAAUAAGAGGCUCCUUUUUUUUUCUAUAAAAUGCUAAAUAUGCCAUUUCAACAGUUUCUCUGCUGCACCACGCUAACCACUGAGAAUAAGUUUGUAGCAUUACUGGUCUUGGCAUAUGUGUAUAUAUGCAUGUGCCUAUAUGUAUAUACCUCUAAAUAAAUUCAUUUUAUUUUGAUGCUAAAAUCAUCCACUCUUUGUAGUGAUUUUCUGUUUGUCAUGUUGUGAAUCUAGGUAAGAUAAAAAUAAAUAAUUUUUAAUUUUUGUUAGACAAAAGUCUGAGUUAGUGAAGCUUUAUUGGACUGAGUGUCAGGGGUUAGUGUUGUGCUCCCAAGCAGUUAGUGAGGUUGUGUCCCACAGCACUGCCAGAAUAUGCACCUGCCAUGCAGGAGCUUUGCUGGAUCUUUCAUUGCAGGUGGUCAAUACUUUGGGUAGAGCGUGGCCUGUUUGGCUGCAGAGAAGGAAUGAUGAUUUGCACUGGAGUGUUUUGAUACCUGCCAAGGCAUGAGUGCAAGAGCUUAGUUUUCCAGUAACUACAUUUCAACCUGUAUUAACUCUGAGGAAACUGGGCAUUUACUGCAUUUUUAUGAGAUAAAGUAAUGAAAUUUUAAAUUGUUAUGUUGUUUUCACCUCUCUAACAGAUUCUGUAUUGUAAUCUAAACCAGAAAUGAAGCAGACUGACUUUCAAGGCUAUUUUCCAAUGUAUCAUGUGCCACAUGCACCUUUUGUUGUGUGCUUUCCUACAUGUCAUUUGGGCAAACUGCCUGUAUUUUCUUUGAUUCCAAUGGACACUUUGGAUGAAGUGAAAAAUUAAUGCAAAAACCAUUUCUGCAUAUUUGCAUAGUGCUGCUUGUAUUGUAAGUUUGUCGUACUUAAAAAUUAUCUUAGUUGUUGGGAGAUUAUGUGAGUUUUUUACCCUUUUUUGGGGAUUUUUAAAUGCUGCAGAAUUAAACUCUUGGUUUUUGGCAGUGGCAUGGCUUACCCUGCUUUGGGGUUGGAAUUUCGGUUCAGCAGCAGGGCUGUGUGGUAUGUUGUUGAAGGCCAUCCAAGGGCACAGAAUGUUGACUUUUAAAGGAUAAUUAAUACUUUACUGUUAUGAGAGGUAUAAGCUGGUAAAAUAUUAUGUGAUCAGUCUAUUCCCUAUUUUCACAGAUUAUUUCAAGAGUGUCUUAGAGACCUCUCUAGCCUGUGACAUACUUGAUGUCAUAUUUUGAUACAGCUACUGUUAAUUAGUAGAGACUGCUGUAAAUCUGAAGACUAAUGCAAAUGCAGUUUGAAAGGAGUAAGAAUGAUGAUUUUUUCACAAAAACUUCCAUGAUCACAGCUGAUAAGGUUACAUUCCUAGGAUAAGAUUUUCUUGAAUGAUGAUACAUUUUUGCAGUGAUGUCUUUGAGUUCUGGCCCAGGUGGUGUAGAUACUACCUCCUACAAGAUGCCAGCGAGGAGUGUACUAAUUUACAUAAAUACCUGAUUAAUUUUUUGCCUUUUCUGUGUAUUCUGAGCAGUAAUGUGUGGAAGGAGUAUCACAGAAUCACUUUAAGUUGGAAAAAACCUCCAAGAGUCCAGUUGAGUCCAGUCUUUAACUGAUCACUACCUCGUCACCCGUUCCAGAGCACUGAGUGCCACAUCSAAAUYUCUUUAACACCUUCAAGGAUGGGGACUCCACCGCCUCCCUGGGCAGCCCCUUCCAAUGCUUAACAACUUUUUCAGUGAAGAAAGUCUUCCUGAUUUCUAACCUGAAUCUUCCUUGGCGCAGGUUGAGGUUAUUUCCUCUUGUCCUGUCAUUUGUUUUCUGCUAGAGGCGUUUUGGURUCAUGAAGUGUUUUGUUUUGCUUUUGUCUUAAUUUUCACUAUGACCAUCCUAGCUUUUCUAUGUAUUUCUGUUUUCAGAGGUGCUACAACAGUAAUGGUUUGUAAUGUGAUUUUUUCCCAGGGAUUACUUGUUGCUGAGCUAAUUGAAGAAAAUGCAGGGGAUCUUUUCUCACACCUUUGUGUGAGUUAAAAUGACUGUCAUUCAUCUGGCUGUGGGAAUGGUGAAUCAUACUUCAGUGAGUGAAGGAAAUUUAACAGGUGCAGACUUAGAAGAGGAAACUAAUACUAUGUUGGCAGACACACAGCGUCGUGUAAUAGUUAUACGAUGCUUCUCCGCUGUUACUGUAUGAUGUCAGUAAAAUUAAAUACUUAAUGUGGUUUGUCAGCAUCUAUUCUUGUUUUGUUGGUUUUUUUAAUUAAAUAAGGGUUUUCAUAGAACAUUAUUUUGAAAGGAAGUUUCUUUUUAAAUCUAACAAGAAAUGUUAAAUGCCUAUCACUCUGAUGUUCACAGGUUACUUCAAUGAAUACUUUCGUUUGAAGACAUAGGGCAGUGAUCCUGUACUAGUAAAGCCAUUUUGUGGGUUACAGCAUUUGCUGUAUGAAACCCCAAAGAAUAAAUGCAAUGCAGAUGCAAAGAGAAUUGAUAUGAUUCUUUUGAGCAUGACUAGAUCACCUCUCUUACAGAAAUAGGUGGGAGGCUCAACACAGAGCCUUGCUAGGACUUCGAGAACCUGGUUUCCAGUUUUGGCCUAUGCCUUCAGCCAGUUUCUUGGAUACAUAAUACCCUUGAAAACCUUAAGCAUUUUGAUCUACUUUUGAGGAAAGGUUAAGAGAGGACCUAUUCAUAGACAGGUGCCCCGACUGAAAUUUUACAUGACUUUACCCUAACUUUACACUGACUCACAGGCAUGGGUGAAAGCUAAAGAAGACGAAAUGCAUUACUUUUUAACAAUGAGUGUACCUAAGGUUUCUGUGAGUUUACAGAAGCACAGAAUAUUGUGAGUUGGAAGGGACCCAAAAGGAUCAAAUCCAACUAAAAUUGUAUUGACUACCCUCCAAUGUUUGAGUUUGUAUAUUGCAAAUAAAACUGCCAUAAUUUGGAGCUAUUGUUUUGUAUGACUAUACUGAGUCUAAAUAACACAGGUUCCCAGAUACCAUGGAAGGUGCUGAAUGGGACUUCUGACCAAGCUUUAUCUUUUCUUCUUCACCUGUGCUAAUUCUUUAAAGAAUUAUGUGUAUAAGUUUCAUUAUGACUGGUUAAAUGCAGGGAUAAUUUUUUUAUUCAGAGCAUAUAGUGGAUGUGUCCAAAGUUAAUUUGUGCUUUAGAGUACCUUUUAAUAUUUUCUCCAGGAGUAAGUUAUUCUCCAUUUUGCUGAGUAAGAGCCCUAGGAGGAGGAAGGCCACUCUGUAAAUAUGACAAACUUUCUGUGCAUCCUAGACUGGAAUGCCAAAUUAUUGCUGCUGGGGACUGGUCUUUUGGUUUGUACACAGUCCCUGACCCAGGUAACUUGUUCAUUCAUGUCACUUCAAGUCAACAAAAGCUCUUACACCAUUUAGCAAAGAGAAAGUUAAUCAGGAAUUGCUGAUGUGCAUAGCUAAUAAGCCCCACAAAUUAAAGGUUUCUAAGAAGCCUGCAGCCCUGUCAGGCAUGGGUGAAGGUGGCAGAUUGUGAUGGUGCAUCCCCUCCUCCCUGCUGAUUCUUGUAAGCAUCUUAAAACACUCAUUUGUAGCAUAAACAUGUAUCCAUCUGCUGGAACUCCUGUCUUGCCCAUGGGAUAGUGGUUCUCUGCACAGCAGGCAGGGAUGCUCGGAAAAGCAGGGUUCAUCUUGCCRUGUAACUACCCCACUGCUGGGAUACCUCGUGUGUUGUACUGUUUGGUUUUUGACUUACAGCAGCUCACAGCUCUGAAUCGUUGUGUAGCUUUGUGUGUUGAAUAAAAGAACUGUCCUACCAAAGCCAUCUCUGAAUGGAUUACUGCAGUCAUAUCAUUUCUGGUAACCAUCUUGCAUUCGUUAUUUCCCACCUCAGAUAUAAGAGCCUAUAAAAUGUCUUUAACCUUGCUUUUGCAUCUUAGCUAUAAAACUCAAAUGAAGUCCAGUUUGCCCAUUUUAAUGGUAACUGGUAACUUAAAGAACACGCUUAGAAAGUCUGACAAUUUGAUUUUGAAUGUUCUGUGAGAGUUUUUGCUAGUUUCCUAAAUCAGACAUAAUGUCCAGUCAGGAAGCUAGCUUUCCUGUGUCUGCUGAAAGGAAGUGAAGGUUGUGAAUGUUUUAAGUGAGGAUCAGCUGAUAGAGCUCCAGUUUUUCCUUUUAGUCAUUUUAUCCUAUUUAUGUCUGUUGAUUUUCUUUUUAGAGUGCCUGAAUUUUCAUAAUUUGAAUUAAAUUGUUCAUAUGUCCCAUUACAGCAGGUAACAUAAUAGAAAAAAUAUCCACUAGUAUAUUGUGAUACAUUGGGCAUGCUUCCUGCAUCCGAAGUCAAUGGAUGAUGUUGAGAUCUGUUUGUUCAAUUGGAAAGGCAGAUUACUCUUUACAUCUGUAGAAAUGGACAGCAGCAGUUUCAUUCAGUUUGAUGUGCCCGAGUACAGCAACACUGUUCUGAGCCAGUUAAACGAACUCCGUUUGCAAGGGAAACUCUGUGACAUAAUCGUGCACAUCCAGGGUCAGCCGUUCCGCGCCCAUAAAGCUGUCUUAGCUGCCAGUUCUCCGUAUUUUCGUGACCAUUCAGCAUUAAGCACCAUGAGUGGCCUAUCUAUAUCAGUUAUUAAAAACCCCAAUGUUUUUGAACAGUUGCUUUCUUUUUGUUACACUGGAAGGAUGUCCUUGCAGCUGAAGGACGUUGUCAGUUUUCUGACUGCAGCUAGCUUCCUACAGAUGCAGUGCGUCAUUGACAAGUGCACGCAGAUACUGGAGAGUAUUCAUUCAAAGAUCAGUGUUGGUGAUGUUGAUUCUGUCACUGUUGGUGCCGAAGAAAAUUCAGAGAAUCGCAAUGGCGUUAAAGACAGCAGCUACUUUGCCAACCCUAUUGAGAUAUCUCCUCCCUAUUGCUCUCAGGUGCGACAGUCCACAGCAGGCAGCGAUCUUCGGAUGGAAACUACUCCAGGCAAAACCCUUCGUAGUCGCCUCCAAGAAGAAGGGCAUUCAGACCGAGGAAGCAGCGGCAGUAUCUCUGAAUAUGAGAUUCAGAUUGAAGGUGAUCAUGAGCAAGGAGACCUGGUAGUAAGGGAAAGUCAGAUUGCAGAGGUGAAAGUUAAAAUGGAAAAGUCUGACAGGCCAAGCUGCUCUGAUAGCUCUUCUCUUGGUGAUGAUGGAUAUCACACUGAAAUGGUGGAUGGAGAGCAGGUGGUGGCAGUAAAUGUUGGUUCUUAUGGGUCUGUCUUACAGCAUGUUUAUUCAUUUACCCAUGCCUCAUCACAGGCUGCGGGUGUGUCAGAAACCUUGGGAAGCCUGAGUAAUACAAGUCCUUCAAGGUCAAUGCUGAGCUGUUUCAGAGGGGGUCGUGCACGCCAAAAACGAGUACCUACAGGCCACUUGCAUAGUGAUGUCCAGGGCUUGGUGCAAGGGGCUGACAAUGAGUCCAUGGUGAGUAAUCCAGGAUAUGAAAAUAGUCCACGGGAAAGAAAUGCAAGAGGUCAUUGGUAUCCAUACAAUGAGAGGCUAAUUUGUAUUUACUGUGGGAAAUCUUUCAACCAGAAAGGGAGCCUUGAUCGACACAUGCGAUUGCACAUGGGAAUAACUCCGUUUGUGUGCAAGUUUUGUGGAAAGAAAUAUACCCGUAAGGACCAACUUGAGUAUCAUAUUCGUGGUCACACAGAUGACAAACCCUUUCGCUGUGAGAUCUGUGGAAAAUGUUUUCCUUUCCAGGGUACACUAAACCAGCACUUGCGAAAAAAUCACCCCGGGGUCACAGAAGUGAGGAGCAGGGUUGAGUCUCCAGACAGAACAGAAGCGUUUGUGGAACAGAAAGUAGAUAAUGAUGCUUCAGCUUCUGAAGCCAUGGAUUCUAGUAUGGAAAUUCAUGUAAUGUCUAACACAUCUGAUUAAAGUAUUACAUCUAACUGCAACACGGACAAGCACAUUACUAAUGUAUUUUUAAAGUAUUUUAUUCUAUUAAUAAUCUUCAGUACAAGUGUAACAGCCUUUUAAUUUUUGUGAUCUUCUGGAAAUUAGUUAGGAAUGGUUUCUGGAGAAGACUACAUAAGUAUUCUUAGUUUUCCAAGGAAGCUGAGUUGUUUGGGGUUUGCUUUUUUAUGUGAAGAUGCUCAGAAUAUAAAGACAGUGUACUGGGGAAAGGAUAAGAAGAGUCCACUGAAGUGUCCCUGCUGAUUGAUCUGGCAAGACACAAAUGACAGUGGAGAAAGAUAUUAGAGUAAGAUUGGCAGAUCUGCUGAAUGCUCAAAGAAGCUGUAAUUUCCUUYAUUUUAUUUCUUAAAUCCUGUUGCUGGUAAUGAGUUACACAGCAGUGGGGAGAGAGAAUAUCACAGCUUUGAUUCCUCUCGUGUCACAAUGAAAUCCGUUCACUCUUGCUAACUGGUUUUGGUAGUGAGUCUGUUUAUAUAUAUAAAUAUGCUUUAUAUAUAUAAAAUGCUUUCACUUUCUCUAUUCAGGUUGAGGUGAAUGUAAAAGUAUGUCAAGGCUGAUAGCGUAUGCCACUCUUUCAACUGCUAGGACUCCUCUCUGCUUAGGGUUUAGAACUUCAGACUUUGGGAGGAUGGUUUUGGUUUUAAACGAAUGUUGUUUGGUUUUCAUUUUAUUAAACUAUUACUUGGUGUGCAAAAGUAAGCAAAGUGAAUUAACUUGUUUUAACAGCUUUGCUUUAUAACGUAAGUGAACCAAAUGCCAUAAAUCUAUUAAACUAUGGUUAAAUUGUUGAAGGAUUUUGUUGGUUGUCUAGGGUGCAAGCUGGACAACCUGUGGUGCUGACCUUUUUAUAUAUAUAGAGAUAGAUAUAUCUAUAUAUAUAUAGAUAUACACAUAUAUAUAUAUGUUAAAAAAGAAAAAAAAAGAGAAAAAAAAUAUUAGCAAACCUAAAAGUAGCAUUGUGGUCUAAGAUGUGUUUUUACUGGCCUCAGAAUCUACCUUCAUUUCGUACUGUAGAACCAUACCAGGUAAUUAAACUUAACUUCAUCACUCUUCAUGGUUAGUUAAAACAUGAGAGAAAUGGAGUUUAAACCACAGUAUUUCCAAACAGUAUUUUAAUAGGUCUCUUCACAGAGAGCUGUUUUCAGGUGCACAUUGACUUCCUACUUAAAUCUCCAAGUGAUAUGCCAGCACUUGGAAUUUGUACUUUUUUUGUAUAGAAAAACAAAUACUCUCCGGGAAUUUUGAGCAAUAUGUUAUUUCAUGUGUGAGUAUUACAGAGUUGCUAUGGCUUCUCUGUUUUUUUUCAGUGUUUUUUUUCUCCUUUAAGGAGCUACCAACAACUUUAAAAAUACUCUAAAUAUUUUUGUUCCACCAAAUAUGUGUUUUUAAUAUGGUGCUAACUUCAUAAUUUAGGUCAGUAUAAUAUAUAAAAUGUGAAAUAUGAUCAUAAUGGUUAAGAAAAAWAUCCCCAACAAUAGAUAAACAAAAGCCCCCCCCCCAUCCUACACAAACCAACCAAAACAAACUAAAAAACCCCAUUCCACAAGACAUCAAUGGCUUAAGAAACCUUAAGAGCAUGGACUGGCAAACACAAUAUUGUUUAACAUUCUACCUGAAUUCUGCCUGAUGAACAGAAUUAAUCAUUAAAUUAAUCACAUACUUUAAAAUACAGAUUUCAUAUUAUUGGGUCGUAUGUUUGUUUAGCUGAUACUGAAAAUACAUUGUGAAUGUGCUGUUUAACUCCAAAAAAUUAAAAAAUAGAAGCUUCUUUCCAAAUUACYGGAAAGAAAAAAGAUAGAUUUGCUAUCUUGUAAAACUUUGUGGCCUCUGUGAAGCUGGGCCAUAUUUGUGCAGUAGUUUUAUUAAAUACUCUGGUUCUUAAUAUUGUGAYAUCUGCAAUAAGAAUUAAUCUCUCAAACAUAAAUUUACUGUAUAACCCGCACCUGGUCCAUUGGAGCAGUUUCAGUUAAAUUGACUACAUAGUUUGCCUCUUGGUCCUAAAACUGCCUAARUAAAGAGGCAGGGAGUGGGGAGAUGUUUUUCUCAUUGAAGCAAAAAUAGAACUUUUGUUUCCAUUAAGGGAAGGGAUAGUCUGUGUCUAGGGCAGGUAGUCUGUAUGUUUACCCAUCUAAAAACAUGUUGGCGUUUUUGAUACUGUUUCUUUUCCUUACGUAUUYGUUUUAGGUAAUUAAACACAAAAAGUGUGUUUUGGUAAAUUAAGUUUGAGACACGCAAAAUCCAAGAAAUGUAUAGUUAUUUUUAACCCUUUAUCUUGAACCUGUGCUGUGGUGCCUUUGGUGUGACUUUUUCGCUGGAAGGAUGAUUUGAAGAUAGCAGGAUAUGGGUACCAAUUUUAUAUUUCUUGAAUUUCUCUGUGUCACAAUCUUAACAUUAUUUAAAUCUAAUUCUUUGUAUUUGUAAAUGUAUUAAAAUKGUUUGAGUUUACCAAAGAGUGACUUAUCCAAAAUUGUCUCUGACAAAAGCAAAGGAGAAACCAACAUGGCAUUGAUUGUCCAGGUUCAGGUUCAGAAGGUUGUAACAGACUGUUAACGGGGCAGGA